AUGUCAGGGAAGACGGGCCUGGGGACACGAGCUGACCUCUUCCCACACGCAGAGCGGGUGCACACAACACCUGCAUGGCCUGGCCACCGGAACGAGCAGCCAGACCCUCUCCGAGUAGGUUCCUGCAGCACCACGAGGGCAGCGCCCACACGUGCCGCGACCAGGGCAGAGGCCGGGCUUCCUAAGCCUGCUGGCCAUCUCUCCAGGCACCCGCUGUGGUCAGACUGGGGGCCGCCCACUCCCACCAACGCCCUGGGACCAGGGACACCUUCAGCAGACUCUGUGGAGCACUGCCCCGGGCAGCCCGUGGCCCAGGGUCUCCACCUCCGCAGACGGGCCUGGGCCAGGCUCCGGGACGCACCCAUCACAGCCCUGCAGGCGCACAGCGGGGACCGCGGCGGCGGACAGCGUGAGCUCAAAUCCGCCGAAGGACGGUCAGCUGUGGAGCCGCAGGCCUGUGGCACCAGGCAGCGGAGGGCGGCCCCCUCCAAGGGGGCCACGCCAAGCUCUCUGGGGGGCGUCAGCGACCUUGGAGGUGGUUCUCACACCCCCACCAUCACUCCAGUGUGCAGGACCACCACGCGUCACCCCGUUUCGGGCACAGAGCAGAGGGGGACAAAAAGGCCAAGCGAGCUCGUGUGCCAGGAAGAGAUGCCCACGGCACCAAGAGGGGACGAGUCCACUCUGCCAAACCACACAAGAGCCACCACGCUGCACGGCCCGGAGGGGCUUCCCCAGACGGCCGCGGGCAGCCCCGCUGACCCGCGCGGGGAGCUGUCUGCACCGCCAGGCUCGGCAGUGACGCCCGGCCACAAGGGGGGCUGGUGCCCGGGGAGUCCCAGCGCCGUCCUCGCCUCGCCACGUGUGCUGCAGGAGGGCGAGGGGACAGUGGGGGAGGGCACCUAG